CUAGAUGCACCAUGGUGCUCUCCUAUCAAGGUAAAAUAUGGUUAUGCAAAUUGCAGAAGUCCUAUGGAAGGGUAUUACAGAAAUGUCUUGGGGACCACAUGUGGCAUUCAUUGUCAGAAAGGUUAUGAACUGAAUGGUCCUCAACAUCUUAUUUGCCAGUCAAACAAACACUGGUCUGGGAAAGUUUUCUGCAAACAAAAACGCUGCCCAACACUUUCAAUGCCACCUAAUGGAGGAUUCAAGUGUGUUGAUGGUGCAUACUUUAAUUCCAGGUGUGAGUAUUAUUGCUCACCAGGAUAUCAGUUAAAAGGAGAUAGAGUAGUACAAUGUAUGGAUAAUAAAGCAUGGAGUGGAAGACCAGCUUCUUGUGUUGAUAUGGAAUCGCCAAGAAUUCAGUGUCCAAGUGUAAAGGAGAAAAUAGCAGAACCCAAUAAAUUAACAUCCAGGGUAUUCUGGGAUACUCCAGAGGGACGAGAUACUGCUGAUGGCAUUUUGACAGAUUAGGCGCUGUGGAAUAUUGAAUGCCCCUGAGAAUGGCUACAUAAAAUGUUCUGGUGAUGGAGAUAAUUAUGGUGCAACUUGUGACUUUUCCUGCAUUGGUGGAUACGAGUUGCAGGGAAGUCCAGCAAGAGUUUGCCAGUAUAAUUUAAGCUGGUCAGGAACAGAGUCAACCUGUACAUUGAUAAAUAUUAAUAUUGGUGUGAGGACAGCAGCAGCUCUUCUAGAUCAGUUUUACGAAAAACGAAGGUUGCUUAUUAUAUCCACUCCUACUGCAUCCAAUUACUUUUACAGAAUGCAGCUGGGAAUAUUGCAG